UAUACUAUAAUUCCAUUAGAAGAACAACAUCAAAAUAAAGAAUUGGAAACAUGGCAAAGAAGUAUUCAUACUUUGAAUUUCUUUUUGAUCAGUCUGGAGCAGCAUUAAGGGCAUAUCUAAACGACCCAAACAAAGAUCCACCAGUUUGGGAACUUUGCAAACAAUUCAUUGAGAAAAGUUUGGCGAUUGCAACUUCUGCAUCCCUUUCUCAGGGUGCUACAGAGACAGAACUAAAAGUUUAUGAAGCUCAAAGAAUAUGGCAGCCAUUAUGCUUAGCAAUGACAUUACUAUCUCAUUUGAAAUGGGACUUAGAUGUUAUUCAAAAAAAAAUUCCACUUCAUCUGCAACAAAUUUUAAUGGAAGAACUUUUAAAAGGUUAUGGUAUUUCUCAAGUGCCUAAACCAGAAGAUUUUGACAUCAAUAAAAUUGACAAGCGAGAUGCUAUGGUUCAAUUAAUAUAUAAUAGAUGGGUGGUUAGAACUAUUACAAAGUACGAAGAGCUAAAGGAAAAAGAUCUGCUUCCGAAUAAUAUAUCUAACUCUGUAAGAGAGGCAAAAGAAAAUCAGGAGCAACAAAUAUUUAUGAAGAUCAAAGAAUAUAGAAAUCUUUCAGUUGAUAUUUUGGAGAAAGCUAUUUAUUUGAAUAAUGAUUUGGAAGUUCCAUUACCAAUGCCAAGGCUUGUUACAGCUACGGAGAUUAUACCACAACGUAGUACAAGUCCUCAGAUCAAGGUAGAAAAUAAUACUGUAGUUACAACAGAAGGGCAAAUAAAGAUCGAGUUAAAAAAGGAAGGUGUGACCAUGACCGUGCCACCUGAGCUGGAAGUGACCCUACCAAUAUCUUCAAAUCAAGCAAUUGUUAAGAUCUGCUACGAUCUUGGCUGCUACUAUUUUUGCAAAGAGUUAUUCAAUGAUGCAUCAAGGGCAUUCAAGAAAGCCUUUAAUAUUAUUAAUGAAGAUGAAGAAUUAAAGAAUGAAGUCGAUUACAAACAAAUGUCAGGUUAUCAUCGAGCUUGUUUAAACAUGUCAAAAGAAACUCAUUCUACAGGGAUUGAAAUUUCUGAUCUUUGCUAUCGAUUGGAAGAAUCAAGUACAAAUGAGUAUAAGGAUAUUCUCACUAUCUUAAAAGAAGAUAAUAUCAGUCGAGAUAUACCACUUAGCCAGCGUCAAAACAUCGAAAAGGAAUUAUAUUUGCUUGAUAAAAAGGAUGAUUUAUUUUCCGUUUGCACAUUAAACUUUAUACGGAAUUGUCUUGAUGGUUCAACAUUAUCCAUUCCAUAUUGUCAAAGUUUGCAGUCAGCUACAAAGAAAGAAUUAAAGCUGUUUUUACAGAUGAGCAAGACCUGUCUUAAUGAAUUAACCUCUGAAAUGUACGAAGAAAGAUUAAAAGAUGGCGUAAGACUAGCCCUGCAGUUUUUAUCAGAUGAUCAAAGGCAUGAUAUUGUCCGAGAUAAAAACAUCAAGUUUUUCUCUUCCAAUGUUUGGUCUCCAAAGAAGAAACGACGUGACGAAACUAUUGAUGAUGAUGGAAUGAUUGACAGUCCAGAGAAACAAGCAGAAAUUUCAGAGCAGGAUGAACGAAUCAGUUUGAUAGUUAAACUGAAGGGGAAGCUUAUGUCGUGUUUUAAUCCAGAGAGAAUCAAAGAUAUUUUAUUUGAUAUUCAUGACAUUUCUCCUGAAAAGUCUCAUGUUGCAGGUUAUGAAUGUGUGAUGUAUCAUGAUAUUUUUAAAGAGAUACGAGAUUUGCUGAUGUUCGAUACUGUCCAUGUCUGCGUGACAAAAGCACGCCAGCUUACUUUGCAAAAGAAAUGUCAAGAAGCCUUGCCAAUCCUAAACACAUGCGUCGACACACUGCAUUCGUAUGCCAUCAAAGCAAGCCCUGGCUUUUCAAUUUCACGUGUUAAAAAUUUGCUGCAUCACGAGUUGCUGUGGACUGAGUUAAAUUUUGCUGAAUAUAGUCCAGACAGUGUCAACUUGCAAGAGACAAUGAGAAGAAGUAAGGCUUGCAUAAAGCACAGUCAACAAGACCCGCCUCCGUCUCCUCAUAUCUACCAAGCCAUCGUGAUUCAUCUGUUAAAUUCAAAAGAAAACCAAUUUCUUACGAAUGCCGGAAGUAACUUUGAUGUCACUGUUGUCGAUUACUUGCAGCUUGGCUACCAUCUUUCCUCAGUUGUUUGUGGUCUCCAACGUGGUGUGGAAGUGUUGCGUGCUGCUGCCAAGGGAUUAUGGGAUGCGGUGUUGAAGAUAGUUGGAGAUUGUGUGGAUGCUGCACAAGGUCCACCUCCUGUCCAAUCCAGCUCAAGAGCAAGAGGUCCAGUAGAAGACCAACAUAUGUGGACGUUGCAUUGUUUUAUUUCAAAAGAUGAUUUUGUAUCACUGGUGUUAAAAUUAAAGGACGACACACUACUGUCACUCCUCUUAUCCUGUUUAACAUCAUUACUGUGUGUGGACAAGGAUGAAAUAAAUAUUGAAAUUAAGGAUUCUUAUUCCCAUUUAUGGCCAUCAGUUUUAGACAGUGAGAUAAAAUGCAGUAACAUACAAAUCCUGUCUGUAUUAAAACCCCUGUGCGAUUACUGCAUUCAGCAGAACUCUAGAAACAUAACGUGGCUUCGAACUAUCGGUGACGUACAUUUGGUUGAAGGAAACUAUCGAGAAGCGAUGAAAUGUUAUCUUGAACUUGGCUCAAUUACUACAUCUUUCUUCAGUAGACCUGUACCUUACAGUGUCUGGGAUGAAAAGAUUUAUCGAAACAUGAUCAAGUGUUGUCAGAAACAGAAAGCUUACACACAGGUUGUGCUGCUUUGCCAGUUCACUGAUCCUAUUGAAUACGACGUUGCUUUUGAAGCUAUCUUGAAAAGAUCAAGUGACGAUGGUAUGGAUGCAUUUUACGACUGCCUUUGGGAUGUAAACAUUCUAGAAUAUCUCAUUCAUAGCCAUCACAAAAGAGGCGAAAUAGAGAAACGAAAGCUAGCGAUCAAAGUACUUGGACAGCCCGAACUGAACUGUCGAUGCAGUUCUGACAUUCUACAACAAGGUCGAGACACAAGAAAAACCAAAUUUCUUCGAACUUUAGUGAGAAUGUAUUGGGAAUAAUAUUGUCAAGGCUUUGUUAUGAUUUUUCCCAACAGAGACGUCGUACGUAAUGCAUUCUCUUUUCGCAUAAUUUAGCAAAGGAUGAGAAACAACACUUCUAGCACAGAUAUCCAUUGAGAUGUGGAAAACUUAUAGCUACAAGAUCAAUCACGAAAAUACUUUAAACACUUUCUUUUAUGUUGAUUAUGACUGCUGGUUUUAAGAAAACAAAUUAUAACACAGAAGUUGGAAAUAAUAAAUUGUGUGUUUGUUUACAUAGAUCUUAA